AUGCAGGUUAAUGAUGGGAAGGGGAGCUGUCCAAUUCGUGAUGAGACUCCUGAGAAAAUUGAUGAAACGGAUCAGUUUUCUCCAGACAAUUGGAUUCCUCGUAGUGACAAAUUGAUACGCUUGACAGGCAAGCAUCCGAUGAAUGCGGAACCCGACCUCACUACUCUUUUUGAAGCUGGAAUUAUUACCCCUUCCCCCAUUCAUUAUGUCCGCAACCACGGAGCCGUUCCACAUCUACUAUGGGAGAACCAUGAACUAGAGGUUACUACUGACAAACAUGUGAUUUAUUCGAUGGAUAACCUUAAGCAGUCCUUCGAGAGUGUUAAUAUACCCGUCUUCCUGGCCUGUGACGGGAGUCGCAGAAAAGAACUGAAUAUGAUCAAAAGAACUCGAGCGUUCAAUUUCACCGGUGCCUCUGCGAGCUGUUCGUACUGGAAGGGAGUUCUCCUUCGCGAUGUUCUAUUGGACGCAGGGGUUGAAAAUCUUAUGAAGAAGAAACCCAAUGAAAGGCUAUGGGUAAACUAUGAGGGAGCAGACGAACUUAGUGAAGGCAAGUAUGCCACCUGUGUCCCACUUGAAUAUGUCAUGGAUCCUAUCAAUGAUGUGAUGCUUGCGUACGAAAUGAAUGAUCAUCCCAUUCCACCGGAUCAUGGUUACCCUCUGCGAUUAAUACUCCCUGGUUGGGUGGGAGCACGAUCUAUCAAGUGGCUGGCCAAAGUAUGGAUAACUGAAAAUGAGAAUAAUAGCCAUUAUCAUAUCUACGACAAUAGGCAGCUUCCAAGUUUUAUAACGGACACGGAAUCCGAGAUAGCACAAUUGAUGUACCAUCAUCCUAGCACUAUAUGUAACGAGCAGAUGCUGAAUUCUAUCAUCGUGAAACCAGCUCAGGGUGAAAAAAUUGACCUAGUUGACGUCAAAAAGGGAACGAUGUAUAGGGUCAUGGGGUUUGCCUACAGUGGAAGCGGAGACGAGAUUGAUAAGGUAGAGAUUAGUCUAAACGGUGGAGAGACUUGGCUGUACUGUUCUCGCAAAGUGAGCCCCUUUCCCUCUUCUUUUAUAGAUAUCAACAGCUAA